GUGGGAAGAGAAAACAUCCGGUAUAUAUAUAUAUAUAUAUGGAGCAUUUGAAAACUUGCAACGUACUCCUCGAAACGCAACCUUCCUUUGUAAGACUCUUGCCGCUUUUUUCAUCACUUCCCUUUUCACGCAUAAAUCUAUUUAACAAUCGCUAACUAACUAACUUCAUCUCUAAAUCACACAUUGAUCACAUCAUUAUGGUGAAACGCGAAUUGAAUAUUCCUAUUCACAAUGACGCUUUUGAUGAUAACUCCGACGACGACGUUGAUUAUGAAUCUGUUCACGGCCGACGAAAUCUCCGUUCUCGCUACCUCGCCGUCAAGAACUUGAUUAACGGUGAUGAAAGGGAGAAUAUUGCAAAAACUGACUCUGAAGUAUUCGGUUCGAUCAUCGGUGAAAUUGAGAACUUACACCAGUCAGUCACAACAACGAGAGAACAAGUAGCUGAUGCACAGGCUCUUCUGGACAUAACCAAAUCCUUGGGUGUGUCUGUGAAAGCUCAUUCUAGUGGUGGACUCACUCCUUCAGCCUUUGUCACUCACAUUCUUGAAAAAUUCGGACAACGAGGUGGAAAACGUACUAGCAGAGAAGAUUGCAGCAGAAACUCAAUAGCUUGGAAUGACAUUGGAGUUGCAGUUUCAAGUGUUUUUGGAAGGGGAUAUGGCUGUUCUACAGUGAUUGGCCCAAUGGAUGCUAAAUUAAAGCAGAGGAGGGUUUACCGAAAAAGGAGUCUGAAGCCCACUGAAUUGGCACGGCCAGAACAGCUUGUUGAAGGUUCAAAGAAUGAGAGAAAUGAUACUGAUAAAAAUAUGUUAACUAUGUUUAACAUCUUAAGGAAGAAUAGGCUUGUCAAGCUUGAAAAUUUGGUUUUGAAUAGGAACUCUUUUGCACAAACGGUGGAGAACUUAUUUACUUUAUCUUUUUUAGUCAAAGAUGGGCGAGCUGAAAUAAAAGUGGACAAGGCUGGAUGUCACCUAGUUUCGCCUAGGAAUGCUCCUGCUGCAAAAUCAGUUACUUCUAAGGAUGUUGCUUUGAGCCACUUUGUAUUCCGACUUGACUAUAAUGAUUGGAAGAUUAUGGUUCGCUCUGUUGUUGGGGAGGAAUUGAUGCCAAAUAGGAAUAGUCAAUCACAGAUUUAGAGUACCUGCAGAAACUGAUGGAAUAGUUGAAGACUGAAACUUAUGGAGUUAUUAUAAUGUACAAAUUUAUCAUGUACAGAGUACAGACAUUCUGCAUGAGUUUAUGGCUUACAAAUUUUGUUUAGCCCGUCUAGGAUACAAAACUCAUUUCAAGAUUUAGUAGUUUAUGUGCAUACAUAUGCUUGUUAAUGCUGUCAAAGAACAGAUAAUGGCACUAGUUAGUUACUGCUAAUUUUUAUCGGCUUCUCAAAAGUGAUGAUGUUGCGUUCAUUAUGAUAUUUUUGUGCCUUGGGCAUACUUCAAUUGGACUCAACUGAUGAGUUGAUCCCAUUGAACUUAUGUAUUGUUAAGGAAUUAGCAAUAAUAUCUCACUUGAUUGAA